GGUCCCUGUGGCCGUGGGAAAUGCUGGCGCGCGCGGCGCGGGGGACUGGGGCCCUUUUGCUGAAGGGCUCCGUCCAGGCUUGUGCCCGCGCCCCGCGCCGCGCCUCCUCAGGAUUGCCCCGAAACACCGUGGUCCUGUUUGUGCCGCAGCAGGAGGCCUGGGUGGUCGAGCGCAUGGGCCGAUUCCACCGGAUCCUGGAGCCUGUGAGAACCGCUUCUGCCCGCCACGGGCCAGCCUGAAUCCCAAUUCCCUCACGACAUGGGGGGAUGGGGUGAGACCUUGGUGUGGGGCCUGCCUUCGCCUUUGGUUUCUGACACCCUAGGCCAAACCCGGCAGGGCCCAGAGUGUUGACCGUCAUACCCAUCUUAACACCUUUUCCUAUUGCCCUAGCAUCCCACAGGCCCCAUGUUGGGAAUCUUUUCUGUUCACCCUCUCAGUUUCACCUGUCUGUGUGGAGAAGGCUACUCUGCUGGCUCCUGUUCCCUUGAUUCUCCCUUCCCUUCAGAGGUCCAGCCUGACAUUCCGACCCUUACCUUCCCAUCUAUCAGUGUCGUCCAAGUCUUCUGUUUUCUGGGCAGAAUCUAUAGUGAUUGCCUACCCACUCCAAGCCUAGCUUGGACUCCAACCCUACAGUCCCAUGUCCUUCUGAAGACUUGUGACUCCUCUUACCAGGGCUUGAAUAUCCUCAUCCCUGUGUUAGACCGGAUCCGAUAUGUGCAGAGUCUCAAGGAAAUUGUCAUCAACGUGCCUGAGCAGUCUGCUGUGACACUUGACAAUGUAACUCUGCAAAUCGAUGGAGUCCUUUACCUGCGCAUCAUGGACCCCUACAAGGCAAGCUAUGGUGUGGAAGACCCUGAGUAUGCUGUCACCCAGCUAGCUCAGACAACCAUGAGAUCAGAGCUCGGCAAACUCUCUCUGGACAAAGUCUUCCGGGAGCGGGAGUCCCUCAAUGCUAGCAUCGUGGAUGCCAUCAACCAGGCUGCCGACUGCUGGGGCAUCCGCUGCCUCCGUUAUGAGAUCAAGGAUAUCCAUGUACCACCCCGGGUGAAGGAGUCCAUGCAGAUGCAGGUGGAGGCAGAGCGGCGGAAACGGGCCACAGUUCUAGAGUCGGAGGGGACUCGAGAGUCAGCCAUCAACGUGGCAGAGGGAAAGAAGCAGGCACAGAUCCUGGCCUCUGAGGCAGAAAAGGCUGAACAAAUAAAUCAGGCAGCAGGAGAGGCUAGUGCAGUUCUGGCCAAGGCCAAGGCUAAAGCUGAAGCUAUUCGUAUCCUGGCUGCAGCUCUGACACAGCAUAACGGAGAUGCAGCAGCUUCACUGACUGUGGCCGAGCAGUAUGUCAGCGCGUUCUCUAAACUGGCCAAGGACUCCAACACCAUCCUGCUUCCCUCCAACCCCGGCGACGUCACCAGUAUGGUGGCUCAGGCCAUGGGCGUGUACGGGGCCCUCACCAAAGCCCCGGUACCGGAAGCCCAGGACUCAGUCUCCAGCAGGAGCAGCAGAGAUGUCCGGAGCACGGGUGCGAGUCUUGAUGAGGAACUUGAUCGAGUCAAGCUGAGUUAAUGGAGCUGGGCUUGGGCAGGGAGGUGGGAGACGGGGAAGCAGCGCUGGCAGACUCUGGCUCUAGCCUCCCUGCCAGGAUUUGGGUUAUUAUUUUUUUAUUUGAACUUUAAUCAUGUAAUAAACUGGCCAGUGGCAAACCGAA